GCGUGGCUUUAUCGUGCUGAAGCAGCUCAGUCGAGUGUGGACGCUUAGCCGCAACAGCAGCAGACAUCAUACAGCAGCCGAAUUUUUAUUUUUUAUUCGUUGGUGUGUAAUUCCCGAAAAGUGGAGGGGAUUGUUCUGAACGAAGGUCCUCGUGGGGCCCAUUAAUCCAACAAUUUUUGUCGAGUGUGUAAAGUGCAUAUUCAGGUGAUUUCAAGUGUGUGUGUGUAUGUGUGUGUGUGUGUUUGGGGGAUGAAACUAAACGACGUGUAAAGCACACACAACAACAAAAAAAGACGAUCUUUUCAGCGGUAACACCUCCUAUGGAUUACCAUCAGUUAAGCUGGAUGGAUUAUUGAUUUCGUUGAGAGAUCACCAGUGAAAAAGAAGUGUAAAGAAGAUUGAAAUCAGAUACCCCAGACAAUUGAUGGUCUCGUAAUUUGCACAUCUCUCAGCAGCAGCCACUGAAAAUCUGAACACACGUGAAAAGAAGUGUCAAACGACAUACCAAGAGCAGCUUGUUUUGAUUACAUUUCACCCCUCCCCCAAAAAAAAACAAGAAGAAACGAAUGUACGAUAACAUGACAACGUACAUGCUCUCGGAUUCUCCGGAAUCCGGAUCGGGAUCCAAUCACCAACUCGGCGGCAAUUCUAGUUCGAAUGCGCCUUCGCUCAUCGGUUCGCCUAGAUCGACGCCCGUCUUCGGCAACAACGGUCAUGCCCUCAAGACAAACGGUGGUUUAAUGAUGAACGGAUCGUCAGCCGUUGGCAAAGACAUGGCCGGCCAUCAGAUGUGGAAUAACGUCGGGCACACACAGCCGCAGAUGCCUCCGCCGGCCAUACCGCAACAUCAUCACCGGAGCAACAACAUCGCCGACGAAGAGAACCAAUCGCUGCGCUCCGAUCAUUCGAAUUCGAUGGCCGGUUUGUCUUCGAAUCGCGUCCAAUCGACCCGCUCGUCCCGCCAUCAGCCGAAUCGUCCGCUCGCAUCGUCCCAGUCGAACAAGAGCAACAAUUCCGGCCAUCACCGAUCGCACAGGAGUACGCGGUCGGGUCAUCGGGAUCACCCGCUUUCGUCUUCGCCCAUGCAAACGUCAGCUGUCCUGGGCGGUAGCAAUGAUCGCAGUAAUAGCGGCCAGCACCAAGAAGUCAUUGAAGUCCAAAUUCUACCACAGGAUGACGGAUGGGGAGACAACGCCACGGCUUUAACGGGCAACACGUCGGUGGCGUCCGGAUCGAUGGAUGACGUGUCGAGGCUCGGCGGAGGCGAUGGCGGACGUGGUGGCGAUGGCGGACCCAACGAUCCGGCUUGGUCAUCCAACGCCAUGGGUCAAUUUCAAAGCCAAGGCAACCUCGGAUGGAAUUUCAAAUGUCAGCGCUACCUCGGCUCCAUCACUGCGGCCGUCCUGGCCGCCCUGGCCGUCAUCACGCCCGUCGCCAUGGUCCUGUUACCUCGCAUGCAAAUUGUGCCGCUGCGAUCGGAGCAGUUGAGAUGCCCGGCCGAAUGCGAAGGGUUGCUCAUCACGCUCACCGUCAAAUUGGUCCUGCUCGUGCUGGGCAGCUGGGCCGUCUUCUGGCGGCCGACCAGAGCGACGAUGCCGCGCAUUUUCUUCCUGCGCACGCUCGUCCUUCUUCUCGUCUUUGUCACCACGUUCGCCUAUUGCCUCUUUUACGGCGUCAGGGUCGUCGAACAACAGGAUCAAUUGGAUUACAAGGCGAUUGUGACGUUUGCCUUGUCACUAGUCGACGCCCUAUUGUUUGUCCAUUACGCUGCUGUCUUGUUAUUGGAGAUUCGCCAAAUGCCGCCCAGGUAUUAUUUGCAUGUCAUUAGGAGUCCCGACGGCAUAUCCAGAGGCUACCCAGUAGGAGCCAUAUCGAUUCAACGGGCUGCCGUUUGGUUGCUGGACAAAUACUACACUGAGUUCCCCAUUUAUAACCCGUUCCUGGAGCGCUUGCCACCCAGGAGGAGCCGCUCCAAGUUGACUCAUUCGGCCUCUUUCAAAUUCUACGACCUUGAUGCCCAAAACAAUCACGGAUCUCUGAAUCCGGCUAAUGCCAGAGGCGUUUUGUCGACGACCAGCUCGUCCACGACGGCCAGACGUAACAAUUCCAGCCACAAUGAGAGAUUCUACGAAGAACACGAAUACGAACGACGAUUGAAAAAGAGGCGCGCCCGCUUGGUCACGUCCGCCGAAGAGGCUUUCACUCACAUCCGACGACUGCAAGCAGAACCAGGUCCUGCCGUCCCGAUGGAUCCGUACGAAGCGGCGCAGGCCAUUUUCCCGUCAAUGGCCCGCCCGCUGCAAAAGUACCUGAGGAUCACGCGUCAGCAGCCGCGCCACACGGUCGAAUCCAUCCUACAGCACCUGGCCAUCUGCCUGAGUCACGACCUCUCCGCCCGCGCCUUUGUCGAGAAGUUCCUCGCUGCCUCGCCCGUCAUGCAGAACGAUAAAGAAAAAUGUCCGAUACAGACGUGGUCGCUCGUUUGCGAUGUGCUACUGUCGCGCGGCAUCGAGGAUGGUACCGUCUUCCAAUUGCGUCAAGGCGACGUCUCACUUUUGUGCCGCAUCUCCAAUUUGCCGCAUUUCAACAUCACCGAGGAGAUAAUCGAACCGAAGUCCAACAAAUUCGUUUUGCGGCUCAGUUCGGAAACGUCCGUCUGAUUUGUCCGUCGCUAGUGACGGCAUUUUUUUGUUUGUUUGUUUUCUCUUUAUUUAUCCCCGUUUUGUUUUUUUAUUUUUUAUAUUGAAGGAUUUGAAAAAAUGAAAGAAACUAGUCGUCUCAUUUUUUGAAAGAAACCCAACAACGCCCGUUGCGUUUUGUGCAAUUUUUUUCCCUCUUUAAAUUUUAGUUUUUUUUUUAUUGUUUUUCAUUUUUUUAUUUUUUGGAACGUUUAAUAUUCAAAUGAAAAUACUCGCAGACAUAUCGAAUCAUGUCGAAUAUGCGCGCUGAAAUCGCCUAUCGUCGUAAUCAACUAUUGGCUUGAAUGAUAAUUAGGUCCUUUUUUCUCUCAAAAUCAUCGCGUCAUGUUCACGUGUACAUAAUCACACUUGUUCAUAUAUAUCGAUGGGGAACCCUCAAACAUUGGCCGUGUACGCACCCACGUAAGUGUGGAAUGCAAAUUAGAUGGCCCAGAUCUUUUUUUUUGCCCAGCUCUUUGUUUUUUUGUUUUUUUUUUCUUUUCUUUUCAAAAUUAUAGUUUGCUACCAUCUCUCCUUUGUUUGCCCUUUCGUUUUCUAUGACUUAAUGAUCUUCCCAUCGUGUGUAACAAACAAAACAAUAACAACGAAUUAACAAAAGAAGAAAACAAAAAAUACUUGAAUGAAGGUGCCAUGUCCCUCCAUUUAAAAACAAGAGAAGAACUGCCUGUAUACAUUUCUUUCAAGAAAAAAAAACAAAACAAUACAUGUUUCGUCUGUGGUGUUUUACCAUGAAAAAAAAAAACAAACAAAAGGGAAGAAAAACAAAGUCUCUCUCUAG